UAUCGACAGUGCACCUAAUCAGCUGUGAAAGUACAAACUGCUAUAUUUAAUAUAGAUUAAACUUAAAAUUAAGUCAUGGCGGACGACAACUGCAUUUUCUGCCAAAUAUCCGACGGGCAGGACCCCAAUAGUGUUUUGGAAGUGGAAACCGAUGAGUUUGUCAUUUUCCAGGAUAUUAAACCCGCUUCCGAGCACCAUUACUUAGCAGUGACCAAAAAACACUAUGCCAGCCUCAAGGAUCUAAACAAAACGCAUGACCAACUGGUGCAGCGCAUGGAGAGCGCCCUGAAGGAGUUCCUGGCGGGCAAGGGGAUUCCUAUCGAUGAUGCACUCUUCGGAUUCCAUCUGCCGCCGUUCAUCACGGUGAAGCACCUUCACAUGCACGCCAUUGCCCCUCGAACCCAAAUGACCUUCCUAUCGAGAUUGAUCUUUAGACCCUCCGUUUGGUUCAAAACCGCGGACGAGGCGCGUUCUUACAUUUCUGAGAAGGAAUAGAUCGGGACUAUUAUAGACAAUUGUUAAAUUUACUACAUAUGUAUGUAUACAUAACUAAUAAACGGAGCCAACUAAUACUGAUAA